CAGCUUUCUCGAAAUUGUCUCGCGGGUCCCGUUCAAAACACCAAACCGACUGCUGAACGGCGUACUUGCGACAGCGUUGCAGCUGAAAUAAUCUAUAAAAAGGAGUCAGGGGAGACUUAAAAGCGCGUGUCUGUCGUCCUGUUGGCUCUUAGUUGUUUCAACUUCCACAAUGGCUGAAGGAGGAGAUGUGGAGUGGGAGCUAAGCAAAGAAAAUAUCCAGCCACUGCGGCGGGGCAGAGCAAUAUCGGCAUUACAUCAGGCACUCAGUCAACAACAGGAUGGCGAUAGCUUUGCCAUCAACCACCAGAGACAGGCCUUUGAGUCUGAAGUGCGGAUGUAUGACGGAGAUGAUCCACUUGAUGUUUGGGAUCGGUAUAUUAAGUGGACAGAGCAAACCUUCCCUCAGGGAGGAAAGGAGAGCAACCUUGCUACACUGUUGGAGCAAGUUGUGACGAGAUUUACAGAUGAAAAGAAAUAUUACAAUGAUCCUCGCUAUGUUGACCUCUGGAUCAAAUUUGCAGAAAACUGCUCAGAGCCCUUGGAAAUCUACAGAUACAUGCAAGCGCAGGGAAUAGGCAUGACACAGUCAUCUUUCUACAUUGCUUGGUCUGAAGAAUAUGAGAAUCAGGGCAACUUUCGCAAAGCAGACCUGGUCUACCAAGAAGGAUUCAAGAAGUGUGCUGAGCCCCAUGAUAAGCUUCUACAAUUUCACAAGGCUUUGCAGGCACGUGUGUCUCGACAGGUGAUGAUGAAUGUGGAGAGCGACGAUAGUGAUGAUGAGCCUAAAGUACUGGAGAGGGUUUCUCUAGCUGACCUCAAACAUAGAGGGAAGAAAAAAGCUAUCGCCCCUGUCAACAGAACAGGGCCUGCAAUCAAAAGUAUGUCUGGAGGCCUGCAGUCACUUGGAGCUCCUGCCCUGGGCAAUGCUUCAAACAGAAGGUUGGUGAUCUUUGAUGAGAACAAGACUGAAAAUGCUGGCUCUUCAGAGCCUAAGCUGGAGUCCUGGGCAGCCCCUCCCACCUCCAGGGCGAAAGAGAAUGAGCAAAGGCCUGAACGAUGGUGUGAUGUCAAGAUGCCCCAGAAGUCCAAAUUCGGACAUACUAUUAUGGCCCCACCACCUCCUAAACCUACCUUCCAACCAUUUGUUGAGGAGUCGGACCAGCCACCAACAAUGACUCCAUGUAAGAUCAACCCAGCAGUGAACACAGUUUUAUCGUCACGCAAGCCCUGCAGGGAGGAAACCCCACUAAAGAGACUACAGGAGCACCAUCAGCAGCAGAAAGAAGCAGAAGCAGGAAAAAAACAGGAGCAGAGCAUGUACUGUAAAGAGCUGCUGCUCAGCGGUGCCUCUGAGUUCUGCUUUGAGGAACUCCGUGCUGAACGCUACUUCAAAAAGGUGGCACAAGAGGUCAGAGGUCAAAAGGAUUAAACUAGUGCCAGUGCUUCAAACGGAUACAUCAAAGACUGACAUUUUGAGAGUUCUUUACAAAUUUGUACCUACAAAACAAGACUUUAUCUGUGUGUAUCCUGUCAUUACUGUUACCAACUGUUUGUCACCCUGUUGUAAAUAUUUUCUUUAUAGAGAUUCAGUUACUCAGAAUGGAAUAAGAAGACAAAGGGGGUAAAGCUUUUUAGAAACCCUUUUAAAUGAAGAUACACUAUUUUACACUGAUUUAGUUGGGUUCAUUAAAAUACAACCAAAUCAAUGUCAUUUCAUUGGUACAAAAUACAGCCAAGUGGCAGUAGUGUGGAAUCACACAAUUUCAACAAACAAUAUAAACAACGUGCUUCACAGUAGUAUUUGAAGGACUGCUGAACUGUGUCUUUGUUGUGUGCACUCUGUCAAUACUGAGCACGUUUGUCUCCCACAGAUCAAGCUUUAGCACCAGAAAUACACAUAUUCUUAGUUCAACUAUUGGUCCCUUUAUCCAUUUUUCUUAAUUGCAUUGUUCUUAGCAACUGCGUUUGUUUUUUUUAUGAGUGCUGCCUUUUUUAAGUUUCAUUUUGUUCAGUGUCUCUUCAGUAGAGGUCUCAGUACAGAUCCAGCACAGCCGAAAGAGCUUCAGUGAGGUGAUUCAGCUGAGUUUUCUGUCUCCGUCUGAUUGAAAUAUCCCUUUGAGGCCAUCUGUCUUGGAUGUUCAAUAAACUUGCUAAAAUGUC